CUGUCCCGACAAACAUGGCGACCACUUCAACGGCAGGAGCGAUAGUGAGUGUUUUCUCGGCGAUUGUAUAACUUUUUAUGGUCCAAUUCAAUAUUCCUGCGAAACUAGUAGUAAAAUUAAUUAUGUACUGGAUGAUUAUGAGCACAAAUGUGAGCGAAGACGAAAGUCGAAGCACGUACAUGCAACGGAAGUCUGUGUCGUGUUUGAAAGCAAACAUCCGGUUCAGAGUGCGUGAGGCUUGUUAAUUAGCUCCGAGUUUCAACCUCCUGACGGGAAAAAUGGCCAAAAUAAAAGAUGUAUCUUCCAUUUGAAAGGAGAACAUGAGGAAACGAGUCGACGCUGGUGUGAAGGAAUGUAACCGAGUAUGGACUUUGCCGCGAGGACACCUUGAGUGCACUUUGCCAUGGGGUUGUUAAGUGCUCUUAUUUCCACUGUAGGAACAUGCUUGGAGGCUGCCUGCUUAAUGCUGGACGUCAAUUUCCUCCUCGUCCACACUGUAGUCCGGACAUUUCUGACUGUGUUCAAAUUUAUGACCCACCUGCCUUCACUUUUUGUCCAUUCGCUGCUGGACCUGGGAAACAUGGUUCUCUUCGGCUUCCUGUCCGCAGCGGAGGCGACGUCCCACCUAGCCCACAGCACAGUGACCCUGCUGGCCAGCUUGAUGCUCUCCCUGGAGGGGCUUCUGGAGAGCCUGAAGAUGGUGGGCUACCUCCUCAUGGACGUGCUGCUCCGCGGCAAGGCGCACCUGUGUCGGGGGCUUUUGUCGCUGCAGGAGGCGUGCGGCAUCGCACUCAGCCUCCUGGUCUACCUGAUCAACACCGCAGUCAACUAUGCUUUCAUUGCCACCCUCAACCUUUACUCGGUUGUGAUCUGCGUGUUGCAGACGGUGUCCAGCCCACUGCACAUGGCACUGGAGCUGGCGCCCACCACCAUCACUUUCCUACACAGCAGCUUGGUGGGCACGUUGGCGUUCCUGUGGUCGCCAUGCAAGCUAGUGUUGGACUUCCUGGCGUCGCUGGUGCACAUUUUCAUCAGCAUCUUCAUACUGAACAUCUACGGCCUUUUGCUUGCAAUCAGCAUUGCUCUGACAACCACCGCCUACCUUAACCCAGAACUCACCAGGCAGGCCUUAAGGCGAAUUGUGGCUUACGUCAACGCUUUCCCGGCUAUUCACAGACUCCACGCAGUGCUUGUUUUAACGUGGCAGAAGGCAUCUCGUUCGUUAUGUGCCGCCUGGCGACACCUGCACACGAUGUUGUGUUGCCUCCACCUGCUGGAGAGAAGAAUCUGGCAGCGGCUGUCUCGUUACAGCAGCCAGCUGGGCACAGCGCUGAGGAUGCAGCUGCACAGGGACAACAACAACACGGGUAGAGCGCGAGGCGACGGCGAUCCCGGCGAGGGGAUCAGGCGGGAUCCACCUGACGGAAGAGCGGAGGACCAUCCCCACCGGGAACAGCUCGCCCCAACGACCUCCAGCAAGGAAAGACCUUUAAAAGCCAACAAACAUUUCAGUCACUCUUCGUCGGAGAAUCUGCUGACGCUUCUGAACGAGCAGGAAGACCAAAAGAAAUGCGUCAUCUGUCAAGAUCGCACCAAGACGGUGGUGCUGCUGCCGUGCAGACACCUGUGCUUGUGUCGUCGCUGCGCCGACAUCAUGCUGCUGCAGCAGGCCAUCUACCAACAUUGCCCGUUGUGUCGUCACAUGAUCCUCGACAUCCUUGAAGUGUACCUCUGAGAGACAUUUUACAACCACUGAAAAUGUGUUUUGCCGCAUUUCUCACUUUAGUCCACUUGUACCGUACUGGUCUUGGGUUGACGAGCGCUCACAAUGAGCAUUAAUGUUUUU